AUGGACGUUGAGAGUCCAGCAGGAAUGGAAGCCACCAAAGGCCCUGCUGCCUUUGAGGAUGGAUCCGGUAGUGUGUUGUGGGAAAGCACCAGGCCGAAGAUCCUGCAUGAGGAAGUCAUCAACUCUGAUGUUCAUCGUUUGUUCUUCAGGAAUUUCUGCUACCAUGAGGCCAGGGGGCCUAGAGAGACUUGUAGCCAACUGCAUCAGCUUUGCCAUCAGUGGCUGAAGCCGGAAAGCAGCACCAAAGCUCAGAUGGUGGACAUGGUGGUCUUGGAGGAGUUUCUGGCUGUCCUGCCCCCAGAGAUGGAGAGCUGGGUGAGGGAAUGUGGAGCGAAGACUUGUUCCCAGGCUGUGGCCCUGGCCGAAGGUUUCCUCCUCAGUCAAGCAACAGAUGAGGGGCAAGUAGAGAAGCAGGUGCCAGAAGCAUUGACGGAGAUGAUCUCAACACAAAUCAAAGAAAGGGAAGAUGUGUCCACUUCUUCUCAGGAACCAUUCUUUGGGAAGAUGUCUGAGGGGGAUCCAACUCAGGUCACCUCCCAAUGGAAUGGAAAGGCAUUGGUGGUUAUCCCUGAAACAUCUCCCGUUUGCGAUGAAGCAGAAACAGCAUCUGGGACUCCAUCUCAGGGUUCAGUGUCUUUUGAGGAGGUGGCUGUGUAUUUUGUGGAGGAGGAAUGGGAGAUUCUGGAUCCUAACCAAAAAGCUUUGCACAGGGAAGUCAUGCUGGAAAAUUCCCAAAAUGUGACAGCUCUGGCCUGUGAACAGGAGACAGAAAACGAUGAGGAGGAGAGUGUGGCACUCUUGCCAGCAGCCCAAAACGAAGCGGAUAAAGAGACGUUUGCCAAUCAAGAGGAAUCAAACGGUCAGGAAAAAAACUGCGAAAUAAACGGAAGACCGACUUCGGACCCAUCGGGAGGCGCAGAAGCCCACGUCACCACGAGCGAAGAGUGUGGAGAGGGUGUUGGUGAGAGCAGUGACCUUGCGAAGCACGACGGAAUCCGCAGUGGGCAGAAACCAUAUGUGUGUGUGGACUGUGGAAAAAGUUUCUGCAAGAGAGCUCAGUUCAGGAUCCACGAAAGAAUCCACACAGGGGAGAGGCCAUUUAAGUGUGCUGAGUGCGGAAAGGGCUUCACGGUGAGGGGUCAUCUGAUCAAUCAUGAAAGAAUCCACACGGGGGAGAAGCCCUUUAGGUGCAUGGACUGCGGCAAGAGUUUUAGCCACAACAGCGCGCUUUCUCGCCACGAAAGAACCCACACCGGGGAGAAGCCCUACAAGUGCAUAGACUGUGGAAAGGGCUUCUGUCAUGGAGGCAAACUUAGGAUCCAUGAAAGAAUCCACACAGGGGAGAAACCAUUUAAAUGUAUGGAGUGUGGAAAGGGCUUCACUAUGACGGGUCACCUUGCGAACCACGAAAGGAUCCACACAGGAGAAAAGCCCUUUAGAUGUACAGACUGUGGCAAGAGUUUCAAUCAGAAUAGUAGCCUGAUGACCCACAAAAGAAUCCACACAGGGGAGAAGCCAUAUCACUGUCUGGAGUGUGGGAAGAGCUUUAGUCACAACAGUGCCCUUACUCGUCACGAAAGGACCCACACCGGGGAGAAACCUUUUGAGUGCUUGGACUGUGGAAAGAGUUUCAGUCAGAACAGCAGCCUAAUGACCCACAAAAGAAUCCACACAGGGGAGAAGCCAUAUUGUUGUCUGGAGUGUGGAAAGAGCUUUAGUCACAACAGUGCCCUUACUUGUCACGAAAGGACCCACACCGGGGAGAAACCUUUUGAAUGCACGGACUGUGGGAAAAACUUCAGUCAGAAUAGCAGCCUUAUGACCCACAAAAGAAUUCACACAGGGGAGAAGCCAUAUCAGUGUCCGGAGUGCGGAAAGAGCUUCUGUCAGAGUGGCCAAUAUAUGAUGCACCAAAGAAUCCACACGGGAUAG